CUAAAUCACAAUAAAAGUUAAUAUCUUGACGCAAAUGACUUGAUAUAUGUAAGAAGGGCCGGUAGCUAAUCUUGGCAAUGAACACACUCAAUUCUACAUACCUAAAUUGUGAUAGCCGACUGCAAAGUUCCAUAUACUGCAAAUGAUUGUUCUUCUUCACCUUGACAGGAUAUUGGUGCCUUUGAGUAUGGUGCUUUCAAUUGGAUACCAUGUUUAUCUAGCGUAUUGUUUCAAGAACAAACCCCAUGUUACUACCCUUGGCGUUAACACAAUCAGGAGAAGAAAUUGGGCGCAGACCAUCAUCGAGGAUCAAAACGAGAAGACGGGAAAUCUAGUUAUCCAGAGCUUAAGAAAUUCACAGAUGGGAUCCAUAUUAGGUGCAUCAGUCACAAUACUUAUGAUUUUAGCAUUGUCAGCCAUAACCAACAAUGCAUACAAUGCUAGUGACCUACUCAGCAACUCUUACUUUGGAUCACAAUCCAUCAAAACCGUACUUCUCAAGUAUUGUUUCGAAUACAGUUUCCUGGUAUUUAGUUUCUUUUGCAGUUCCAUGGCCGUAAUCUGUUUUGUACAACUGAAUUUCCUCUUGAGUGUAGCAGAUUUUUCACCGGGUUAUGUUCAGGACAUGAUCGAGAGAGGUUGUUGGUUUGCGUUUUUAGGCAAUAGAUCAUUCUAUGUCACUGUGCCAUUGUUGUUAUGGAUUUUAGGACCGGUACCGAUGAUGUUAUCUACGUUGGCACUAGUAUGGGUGUUAUAUCAGCUUGAUUUCGGUAUGGUUCGUUGCCCAAAUGGUUAAGGUGCCAUUGUUAUGAGGAAUAAGUACUGAAUUAUGUAAUUCUAACUGAAGAAGAUUGACAUGUCACGUUUUAAAAUUCGAAGUCCACCCAUAUAUGAGUGCUUGAUCCUUAAUAGAAUUUUUCUCCUAGUUUGUGAAAUUCAAAUUACGCAUUUUCUUACUGAUAAACAUUUUCUCUGUAUCUAAUGCAUUAUCUUUUGAAUUCUAAGCCAUUUAGUGAAAUUGUUUGAGUGAACUCAUCUAUGAAAGUCUUCCCCUAGUCAACUGAGAUAAUCUCAAUUGGUUAGGAAUGCAAAG